AUGGACAUCGGUUCCUCGACGUCGACCAAUCUCACGGGCGCUUCCAUCACAAGGGUGAAACCCGCCGCGACGUUCCUUGUCACCGGUGCCAACCGGUCAUUCGCAGAAAGUGUCAUGAGUAACACGUUACCCAAGCACGAUGAGUUGAAUUUUGCAGCCGACAUCUCCACCAUUGCUGAUUUCGCACUGGGUACAGAUGCAAUGCGCUUUAUCUCUAAUGGCGCUGAGGAACUCGGUUCUGAUUUUGACCACCGCAACCACCUUGUUUUUCUUCAGAGCAGCUGCACUCAGAACGUGACACUUUCUUUUCCGGUCCAAGAAGGUCGCAGCAAUUUCACCAAAGCAUAUGACCUCACAAACUCAGACCUCAACAAGUUUAACUUGAUUGUAUCAUACAACUCAACAUACAAGGGUGCUACUCAAUUGUCAUUGUCGUUAUCUUCACUUUCAUUUUCACCAAUCUUGCUUCGAGUUCCACGGUUACUGAAUCUGGUCUCAAAUGCAUACCUUCAAUUGAGGGGCAGUGGUACUAAGAUGCAGUUUGAGUUUAUUAAAGACAUGCCUAGAGUUGCUCAACAAGAAUUGCCUAUUGAUAUAUCUUUCUUAGUGGGGAAAUUGGUUUUUGUAUGGAUGAUAAUGCUUCUUUUCCCUGUAAUCCUGAGCAAUUUAGUCUAUGAGAAGGAACAGAAGCUAAGAACUAUAAUGAAGAUGCAUGGCCUAGGAGAUCUGGCAUACUGGAUUAUAUCAUACUGUUAUUUUCUUCUUCUAUCGCUACUGUAUAUGCUCUUGGUGUUUUUUGGCUCUCUUUUUGGCAUAAAGUUAUUUAGAUUGAGUGACUACAGGCUGACAGGAUUUACUAAACCUACAUCUGGCACGGCUUAUAUUGAUGGAAUGGACAUACGAUUGGACAUGAACAAAAUCUAUACAGGAAUUGGUGUUUGUCCACAAUUUGAGUAA